CUGAGUGACUAAACGGGCGGGUCCACUUUGGUCCCUCCCCUUUCUCCUUCCCGAGAAGUGAGAGCGAGAGGCGCCUCUGCCGCUUGGCUGUGUUUGCUUGUUGUUAUUUGGUUUGACGCGCCCGGCCGCCCGGGCUUCGUUCUGGCCAUGCCACGGCGUUGAGCUCUUCAACUUCGGGUUGACUUUCCAGGAUGUACACGGCAGGGCUGGCUCCCUUCUACGCCUCCAACUUGAGCUUGUGGUCCGCGGCGGCGUAUUGCAGCCCCGGUGGGUCGGGCGGCUGCUUCCCUUUGGAGCCGUCGGGGCUCAAGAAGCCGUCCUUCUGCAUCGCGGACAUCCUGCACGCCGCGGCCGGAGGGGAAGCCUCGGGGCUGGAGGGGCUCCCGCUGGGCGCCGCCGUCCACGCGCAUGCGCACUUCCACGCCACCGCCGCCGCCUCUUCUCCGCUCAGGCCCACGCCGCUCGUGGCCCCGGAGCCCGCUUUCCAGGCCCGGCUCUCGCCCCUUUCGGCGCCUUUCCCGCCUCCUCCUCCUCCUCCUCUUCCAGGAAGGGGCCAAGCGCCCGCCCUGGCCCCUUCCAGCAAGGACUUGAAGUUUGGCAUUGACCGCAUCUUGUCCGCCGAGUUUGACCCCAAGCUCAAGGAAAGCAACACGCUCAGAGAUCUGACCUCCUUACUAAGCUCCAGCCGCCCAAGCGGGCUCCACCACGGGCCCCCCGCCUUACCGCCUCCGGCCGGCCAGUUCUUCGCCUCCUUAGAGCCCAUAAGCGAGACCACUUCCGGAAUCUUGGGCCCCUUAAACGCCACCCCAAGGAGUUCAGUUCCGCACCAGUUUCAGGACACUUUUCCAGGUCCCUAUGCGGUGCUCACCAAAGACACGCUGCCUCAGACCUACAAACGUAAACGCUCCUGGUCCCGGGCGGUUUUUUCCAACCUCCAAAGGAAAGGGCUGGAGAAACGCUUCGAAAUCCAGAAAUAUGUCACCAAACCGGACAGGAAGCAGCUGGCCGCCAUGCUAGGACUCACCGAUGCCCAAGUCAAGGUCUGGUUCCAGAACCGGCGCAUGAAGUGGCGCCACUCGAAGGAGGCGCAGGCGCAGAAGGACAAGGAGAAGGAGCCCUCGGAGAAGGAGCCGGCAGGGGGCGCUGCGCCCAACGCGGAGCCCACGGAGCGCAGCCCCAGCCGCUCCGAGGAGGCCGAGGAGGAGAGCGAGAGCAGCGAGGCCGAGUCCUUCGAGCUGGAGCCCGGCAGCGACGAGGCGGAGCCGCGGACGGAAAAUAGCAGCGGCGCCACCGCGGAGCAGGCCCUGCAGCAGCAACAUUCGCGGCACAGCCACGACUCCUCGGACCCUCGCCCCGAAGCUCCCCCAGGCCUGGACCAAUGCAGGGAGCCCUUGCGGUGCCCCGAGCAGCCUCCUUUCGGCCUGCGGGACUCUCCUUGACCUCCUUCCUGGCUUGCCCAGCCUGGAGAGACCGCUCCCUCUUGAGAACUGUAACCCCGAAACUGGAGUGAGAUGGGGGAGAAGAGGAUUAGCAGACCCUCUUUUCAGGAAGGGGGGAGCCCUCAGAGGCGACUGACUCUCUCUCAACUGCUGGCUAGGACUCACCUUUGGACCGUGGAGGGAUCUGAGGUAGCUUCUCUAGUUAAGGAGGAUGCGGAGGAUAAGCCCCGCCAAAGGGAGAACCAGGUCGGGCAGGAACUACGCAGCCACCCACUUGGGAAGGUCUCUUCUCUUCCACACGUGGCUGCGGAAGGACUAGGCUUCCCAUGCGCCUUCUAACCCUUAAAGGCCCCCCUGGCACCAUUCGUCAUGGGAAGCGUGUCCCUUCCCUCUUACCCACGCGUUGCUUUGUACAAUCUGGCCAAGAGAAAAGGGAGAACAAGAAAGGUGCGGACUGUAAAUAAAUGGGUUGUUGAA